AUGAUCUCCAAAGUGUCAUGUCUGUACCUGCUCACGGUGCUGUGCUGGGCCAGCGCUCUGUGGUACCUCAGCGGCUCCCGGCCCUCCACCUUCUACGUUGGCCACGUAUCUAUCCCCGUUCGCAAGCAGCCUCCAAGAUUGUCGAAAAACGUCACGUUCAGCAACAUCCGGACACGUACGCUCAAUCCACACGCAUUCCACUUCUUGAUCAACGAACCGAAGAAAUGCGAAGGCAACCCACCCUUUCUGCUCAUCCUCAUCAGCACCAACCACAAGGAGUUCGACGCCAGGCAGUCCAUCCGCGAGACAUGGGGAGACGAGAGCAUAUAUAAUGACUUUCGCAUCGUUACGCUCUUUCUGCUUGGUCACAACGUUGAGCCGGUCCUCAACCAGAUGGUGGAGCAGGAGAGCCAGAUCUUCCAUGACAUCAUCGUUGAGGACUUUGAGGAUUCUUACCAAAACCUGACACUGAAGACGCUGAUGGGAAUGCGCUGGGUGGCCUCGUACUGCCCUGACGCCAAGUACGUCAUGAAGACCGACAGCGACAUAUUCGUCAACAUGGACAACCUCGUGUUGAACCUGCUGAGACCCAAUGCACAGCCCAGGCAGCGCUUCUUCACGGGCCAUGUCAUAAACGGCGGGCCUAUCCGAGACACUCGCAGUAAGUGGUACAUGUCCAGAGACUUGUACCCUGAGAACAAGUACCCACCUUUCUGUUCUGGGACAGGGUACGUGUUCUCUGGUGACAUGGCAGAGUUGAUCUAUAAGACUUCCCUCCAUACGCGCCUCAUUCACUUGGAGGACGUGUACGUGGGGUUAUGCCUGCGCAAACUUGGGGUCCACCCUAUCCAGAACAGUGGCUUUAACCACUGGAAGAUGAGCUACAGCCUCUGCCGCUACCGCAGAGUUGUCACCGUGCAUCAGAUCUCACCAGAGGAAAUGCACAGGAUUUGGAAUGACAUGUCUAAUAAGAAACAUCUCAAGUGCUAA